AUGAGGAGACUUUUCCCUUUGUUCUUACUGGCAAAUUGUGUUGCUGUGCAUAUUCCUGGUGUGCCGCAGGAGUUUACUGCAAACGAUGUUGUCCUCUCAGCUAUUUCCGAGGAAAUUGCUCAGAAGUUCUCGCAAGAAUACAUCAACUAUCUCAAGAGUGGUAUUGAGUCCGCUGCCCUGCGACAGAUCUCCGCUCAGUUAGCGAAGGCUCAUAGCAAAAAGGACCUCUUCACCAAAGAGUUGGGCGAUCUAUCCUUAUCCGAUCAAUUUGUGGCUUGCACCACAUGCCGUUCCACGGUCAAUGUUAUGGCGCGAAUGUUCCGCGACGAUGAUGGCGAAUUCGCAGGAGACGAUACCGAAGCACAGCUAAAGAGUAUAGCCUUGGACAUCUGCAUCCGACUCGAACUACAAACUACAGAAGUGUGUUCCCAGUUGAUCGAUUUCAAUUUACCGACUUUUGUUUAUAUCGUCAAGAACUCGAAGAUCGAUUCCCGUACAUUAUGUUCGCUUUUCAUGCAAUACAAUUUCUGCAACGUGAGAAAUGCUGACUACAAUUGGACUCUCGCAAUUGAUGGUGGUGAUACAGAAGUGAGUGCGCCAAAAUCAGAUUUACCCAAUAAAAAUGGAAAUGAGUUGAAAAUUUUGCACUUAACGGAUAUCCACUAUGAUCCUUUAUAUGCACCAGGGGCCUUGGCUGAAUGUGUUGAGCCGAUGUGCUGUCAGCAAGGCGCUGGUUCUACCGAGAGUGAUAAGGCCGCCGGAUACUGGGGUGACUACCGCGAUUGCGAUGCGCCUUGGCAAACGAUUGACGACGCCUUUAACCACAUUAAGAAAACGCACAGCAGCAUCGAUUAUAUCUAUCAAACCGGAGAUAUCGUAGAUCACAUGGUCUGGGGAACAUCCACAGAAAAGAACGCCGAUGCAUUAAAGAGGGUAAAUGAUCGUUUGGCUGAACUAUUCCCAGGCAUACCGGUGUAUCCUUGCAUUGGUAAUCAUGAACCACAUCCUUUCAAUGUUUUCAGCCCAAAUGAUGUGCCAGAUGCGAUCAACACCCAUUGGUUGUAUGAAGAGUUGUAUGAACAAUGGUCCACCUGGCUGCCGGCCGAAACUAAGGAUACAAUUCUUAAGGGCGGGUAUUACACAGUUUCGCCAAAAGCCGGCUUUCGUGUGAUUGCUUUGAACAACAACGAUUGCUACACCAGCAACUGGUGGUUGUACUACGAUGGCACGGACAAGAUUCCACAACUGCAGUGGCUUCAUGAAACUCUGUUGGCCGCUGAAAAGGCUGGCGAAUUUGUUCACAUUCUGGCGCACAUUCCGACAGGAGAUGCCUCCUGCUGGUCGGUGUGGGCGCGAGAGUUUAACAGAUUAGUGGUUCGUUUCCGGGGCACAAUUAGCGGCAUAUUCAAUGGCCAUUCGCAUUUGGACGAAAUGCAUUUGCAUUACUCGGCUAAUGGACAUGCGAUUGGGGUGGUAUGGAAUGGCGGCUCAUUAACUACGUACUCGAAUAAGAAUCCGAACUAUCGACUAUACGAAGUGGAACCCGCAAGCAUGCAAGUUGUGGAUCAUGAAACAUGGAUCUUCAACUUGACGGAAGCAAACGCUCAUGGUGAAUCUCAAACCCCGCGUUGGUUCAAUGAAUAUGAAUUCUCUAAGGAGUUUACUGAAGACUUGAGCCCAGCUGGAAUCGACAAGCUACUGGAGGAAAUGGCAGAAAACCCAAGCAUGCUCAGAAAAUUUUGGCAAUACAAAAUGAAAACUGCCGAUCCACAAUUGAAUUGGGGAUGCGACCGGGAUUGCCUGUUAAGUACGAUCUGCCGAUUAGCAACAACUGUAAACAAUCAGAAGACGCGCUGUGAGCAGCUGCAGGAGAAACUUAAAGUUGCCUUGGACACCGAAAACACAACAAGCGGAAGUCCGGUUAUCACAACCGAGAGUCCGGUUACCACAACCGAGAGUCCGGUUACCACACCCGGGAGUCCGAUUACCACAACGGAAAGUUCCGAAGGGGAUGGNUGUCUAUCUAAGUUUAUCUCAUUGUAA